UCUGACCAGUUUGUAUCCAGUUCCAACCCAAAUAAUCGAUAUCUCUCCAAAUAAUCGAUAUCUCUCCGUCUCCCCCGGCAGAAAAAUCGAGUCUUCCUUCCGCCGAGCCGCCGUAACCCUAGCUAGCUUCGCGGAUUCGUCGCGGGCGCCCUCCAGUGGAUUCGCUUGAACAUCUUGCUGAAUUAGUAGUAUCGAUUGGAGCAGCAGACAUUGGUGGUGAGAUGAUGGGUAGCAGCAAGAGAACGAGUGUCGUGCCAUCCUCUGGCGAGGCUGUGAAGACUACGGCAGAGGCGUUCCCAAGCAACAAGAGGAAGAAGGCCGUUAUAGCUCUUUGUGCACGGUUGCUUCCUGAUGACAUGAUGCUGGAGGUGCUGCUUCGGCUCCCUGUCAAAUCCAUUCUCCGCUUCCAGGCCGUCUGCCGCUCUUGGGCUGCACUCUUCUCCUCCAAGGAUUUCUGCAGCCUCCAUAUGGCAACAUCCAAGGUGCCACCACAAGCACCAAAGCUACUAGUUGUCUCCCCCACAGCAGAACUGGACUCCACCACAGUAUGCUCAUACUCACCGUCAGGCUCAAGCUCAAGAAAUGCUUUACUCUUCACCGUUGACUCUGCCCGCCGCAACUCCAUGGAAGUAGUGAUGCCCUCACCUUGCUGUGGACUCACCCUUCUAUUUGAUGCUGUUGCACCAGCUUACUAUGUUUGCAAUGCAUCCACAAGGGAAGUCACACGUUUGCCACCUCACAGUCUUCCAAAAUAUGAUUCCAGUGCUGGACUGGGAUUUGAUGCCCGGACAAGGGAGUACAAGGUCGUCAGGUUGAUCAAUGGGUUAUCUGAUGAGAAGGAGACGAUCAGGUGUGAUGUGUACACACCUGGAGCUGAUCGCUGGAGGCCUGCGGCUGGAGGAGUACCCUUCAAGUGGUCCCUGUUUGCAAAUUCUGCAGUUGCUCAUGCAAUGGUGAACAAAAUACCACCUGUGUUUGUCAAUGGAUUUCUGCACUGGUUGAUCAAUCCUUCUCUAUUCUUCAGAAGGCCAAGAGCUGCUAUCAUAUCCUUUUCUGUUGCAGAGGAAACCUUCGGAUGUGUCCAAUCACCGCCAUUCUGGGGACCAGAAGAGCACCUGCGCUCCUGGUCCCAGUCAGAACGAGAGCACCUGGUUGUGAUGGAUGACCAACUGUGCAUUGUCCGGGACCUUCGCAACAGAACCCCUGAUGGUAGCACCUUGGAGAUUUGGGGACUGCUGGAUUAUGGCUCUGGUGAUUGGUCCCUGAAACAUCGAAUUGAUUUGUUUGGGCAGGUCAGAACAGAAUUAGGUGAGCCAAAGGUUGUGAGGGUUAUUGGUUCUGUCGGCAAUAGCACUUUGGGGAAGAAAAUUGUCAUUGCUACUAGCGAGCGUUGGGUUCAUGAAAAGUUUCAGAAGAAGGUCUACACCUAUGAUCCUAGGUGUCAAGUUCUGGAGGCCAUUCUUUCAGUCACCGAGACACACCCCCGGCUUACGCGUUUGAUCCCUGGUUCAAGGUUUAGCCUGUUUGAAGAGAGUCUUACUCCAGUGCAUAAAACGGAUGAUGAGCUAGCCAUGCCAUAUACCCUGGCUAAGUUAACUAAAGUAACUACUACUACAAACUAAUUCAGCCAUACCGGCGAUAUUUAGCAGUGGCUUGGAUUGAUUGAGAGCGAAAACUUCAGCUAAAAGACCGAAGGGCGCUGUUGUGGUGAUCUUCUAUCACCUAAGGACUUGAAGAAACCAUUUGAUAUGAUCUUACCUGGUUAAUAUGCAAAUCUGUUGUGGUAUUCUCUGAAGCUGCCACCUACAUUUUCUAGUACCAAUAAUAGCCACUUGAUGUUCAGCUUAAAUUUACAAAGAGAACUCCAUUGGUGAUACAUAUUUUAUUUCUUGUUUCUUAUUUCAUAUGUCUUUAUAGACUUAUCCUGUGGUUGUUGCAGAUACCCUUAUUGAUUAUGUGAAAGGAAGCUGAAAGUUAGUCUGUAAAAUACUCCCUCCGUCCCAUAAUUACUUGGUCCUUAUAUACACUUGAAUACACAUCAAAUCUAUGCUGCGUGAUAGUAGGUGCAUGAAAAGGUCAUAUUGCUAUGAUGGAUAUAUGUUGAAUAUAUGGAUGUCAUCAAGGAUUUUCAGGAACAAUGGCAAAUCGUUGGAACUUCAGUCUCUGGAUAAACACCUCCUCUUGGUAUCAGUAUGAACAGCUUCCGGCAGCUCUACUAUCAAGAUAUGAGUACCACUGUACCAGUGAGACGAUCAAACGAGAAGGCCUCCCAAACCAGUGACAUGACAUAUUUUUGGGUACACGCCAGGGCAGAAGGGGCAAUCGGAGAUGGACAGGCACCCAAUGCGAUGAAGGCACAGGUAUGGGUAUUCUGGUGACGCAUGAUCGAGACUAAGAUAUUGACCUUCAUGGAGCAAAAUCACCGCUGCUGACCAGUUCGCAACUGGUGUCCCCUGCCUGCCUGCAUGCUUCCAUGGUGUCCCCUGCCUGUGCCUGACCGCAUGCUUCCAUCUCCUGUCCACGAACCUCGUGCUAUAUCUGAGCCUCUGAUGGUUAUGAUUUUAUUUUAUCUUUGUCGAUUGGCGCAAAGCUCAGAGUAGGUUCUCACAUUUCGGUAAAUACAUACCAUGGCAGUUCUCAGGAUGGACUUGUGGUCGUGGAAGGAGGUCCUUGUAUGGUUUGUUUCUUAAGAGUAACACAUGAUUGGUUUGUAA